AUGGCUCCCGAGGCACCUGAUCCUCAGAGCUUGAAGUCAUGGCAUGAUGCAUUCCAGUACCCAAUUCCCACGGUCCGCCGUGUGGAACAGGAACUGCGUCGGGACAUUGCGAGCAAUAAGGAGAAGCUCCGAGCUCUCGUGGGAACGAGGUAUCGUGAGCUUGUCGGAACAGCCGAAACCAUUGUGGCUAUGAAUCGCGACAUCCAAGACGUGGAAUCCGUGUUGGCCGAUGUUGGGCGCCGAUGCAACCCCCGACUUAUAGAAAGGAAGCACGUUCAUGUCCGGCAAAUAAAGACCGGCGAUGCCGAAAAGGACGCUGAGAAGCACGCAUUUGGCGCGCAACUUUCUCUCCUUCAUCGUUGUACAACAUCUAUUAGCCGGCUUAUGCGACGUCGUGCUUCCCUUCUGUUGGUAGCAAAGAUACUGGUCAUCUCUCGAUUACUACACAAGACGUUAUCGCAACACGAAUCAGUCCCUCCAUUCCUCGACGAUCUCCGCAAUCAGCUAGCCUCCCUCCGACGUACACUUCUCAAACGAAUUGAUAAACGUCUUGCGUCUACCAGCGCUGCAGAAGAUUCUAUAAUUGAAUCCCUGGCCGCUUAUUGCCUCGCAACAAGCUCUUCUUCAGAUGACGCCAUUCAUCAUUUUCACCAAGUGCGUCUAGACGUUAUUAUUAGCCAGUUGGAUUCGUCUCGGGAGAACAUACCCAGAGCUCUCCAAUUAUUUCUUCAAACACUACGAGCCUCGAAGGUUCUAAGAUCCCGUCAGUUCGCAGACGUGCUCUCGAAAAUCAAAGCUCGACCACUGCUCGCCGACCCAGAGAUCCAAGCACUUGAUGGACUAGAGGUUGAAGUUCUUGGCCGCUGGGUAGCUCCAGAUGUCACCAACUUCACUCCCUGGAUCAAGCUGAGUGAGUUGAGUAGAACAGAAGGCACCGAAUCAAUCAAAGAAUGGUCACUCCAGGCUUUCGAGAAAUUCUCCGAAGGCUGCAAAAAUACCCUGACCCGCAGCACCGAUUUCUCCGAACUUCUCUCUCUGCGCACAGAGACUGUGGAAUUGUGGCUGUCAUCUUGGGGCUCAACUAUCAUUCAUGACUCUGUGGAUGUCAUUGGAAAUCUUCGAAAUAUCUUCAAUGACCAACUUGUAAGAAUCCUGAAUGUGCAAGCACAAAGCCUGGGAGAAGUCGGAACCCAGGUUUCAUCUACAAUAUCAAACUGGGAGAACGCCGAUCACAACUCUGUUGGAUCUCUAUGGGACGCCGAUCUUAUCACUGCGGAAUACUCGAAUGGCGCACAUACAUUCAAACGGACCGUGGCAGACAGAUUACUGGGUCGUGACAAAGACGUAUCUACCGUGCUUGCAAAAUAUCGAGCAUGGUUAAAUUCAAUCCAAGAAGUCAACGAAUCAAUUGAUUCUCUGCGUCGGAUGCGAUGGACUGACAUUCUCGUCGGGGGCGAAGUCGAAGAUGAAGACAUCGACAUUACACCCCAACUCAACGAAGACGAUCCUCGCCACCUUUCCGAGUCUCUCCAUUCUGCUGUCCGUGAGGCAUUCAGUAGUCUACAAACCUUAUUCAACAGCGCUUUCGAGUCAUUCGGCUCUUCACAUUCAAGUGAAAAGGCCACUUUCCUGCUGAGGCUUAUACGACUCGUGCGGCGAGAUAUUCCCGCCGGCUUUGUAUCCAAAGAUUUCGUUUUCUCCAGCGGAAUCGUCCCAGAACUACAGAAGUUGCUUGCAACCGAAGUCGUUGCGAAGGCUGGUUCGCUGAGCUUAAUCCCACCCCGGAUGAGCCACCCCCAAACAGGGAAAAUCAAGCCUGUACCAGGGCGGUCACUUUGGGAAGGUGAACCUGCUAUACCAGUUCAGCCCUCGGCCUUGAGUUUCAAGAUCCUGCGCCAUCUUACCUCUGCGAUGGAUACCUGCGGCUUAGACUUGUGGGAUCCAUCUACGGUCCAGGUAUUGAAGGAAUCAUUGAAAACACAAUUCGAGACUGCUAUCUCAUCAGCAUUGGAUGACCUUGAUAAUCCGAAGACCUCAAGCGAGGCUGAACCCAAAUAUGACAAUUCUGCUGUCAAUGGAGACAAGACCGAGGAAAACGAGAAGACAGAGAAAGCAGAGACUGCAAGUAUCGAUCCAGAAUCAGUCGAAGGUCUGCAUGACUGGAAGGUCCAGCUAUAUUUCGACUCUUUGUAUCUGUCCGAGAUGCUCGGUGAACGAAACAAGUUCGCUGGUGUCGUUGAGCGCGCUCAAAAGAGUGCUGGCUGCAGUGCAGAGACCGUCAAGUCCAUCAAGAAGCUUGCAGUUGAGUAUUGGGCUCGCACGGAGCUACUAUUUGGUCUCUUGGCGCGACGCUGA